GUGAGAGCCCCAAGCGCCGCAGCAGCCAUGGCCGUUGAUUGCGGUGCUCUGCGUGCUUUGCUAUCCCAGUUGUUCCUCGUUUCGCCUCCUUUACACCAUUGGGAACCCCCAUGGGCCUACAUGUCCCCUGGAGCUUGGCUUUGACCUUUCUUUUCCCUCUCCAGAUGCGGUUGUCUCGUCUUGUAUUUCGAUCUCGAAAGUUCAUUCCCAGUGCGUUUCAUUGUCCGACUUUAUUCGCAGCACGGGGCGGCCUACUUAGGGAACCAUCUCCGGGCUCAAAUCCGCACCUACUCGGACUCCUAGCCAGCCCGACGUCUACUGUGUGGUAUGUGAAGUCGAGCGGAUCACGUCCAAGUCGUUCGGAUAGGCGUGAUAUCGAUCGAUGGUUUGCUUGCGCCAUCCGCGUGCUUGGUGCGGGUCCUGGAAAGGAAGCGUCAACGGAAGCAGUCCUUGCCGAAGGAUCGUGCAGACGCUUGCGCAUCCGGCGACCUUUUCUCGUUGGGCAUCUUGGUCAUUCAGGUCGACGACUUGCUUGUAGAUAUGUGUAGCGUAGGAGCGAGUUGAGCUGGCGUGACACGUCGGAGCCGCGGCGCUUCUUUGCUCGAGCAGGAUGGAGUUGCCGCGCUGUUAGUAUUGUUCGCCGCAGAUCGGCUUGCUGAUUCUGAAGGAGGGCUACUACGCAGG